AUGGACAGCGAUAAUCUCGCACAAGCGCAGUCAGACCGAUUCUUUCAGGUGUGGGUCCAAAACCUACUCAGGAAGUCGCCGGAGCAAUUGGCAGGCAAGCUUGCCUCUCGUCACUGUCCUGGUACACCUGUAUUAGCCUCGCGGCUCCCAAAUGGCGCUUUCAAUGUUUGCUAUCGUGUCACCUACGACACUGGCCACCGAGUCGUCGUUCGAUUUACCGCACUUGGUCGGGUCCUUGCUCGAAAGGAAAAGGUUGAGGAUGAGGUCGCCGUAAUGAACUAUGUUGCUCAGCACACAACGAUUCCUGUCCCAAAGGUUCUAGGACAUGGCAAGUGCGCCGUUGGGCCGUACAUUGUCAUGCCUUAUAUCGAAGGGAAUAAGCUGAGCGGAUACCUUCGGGACUCGUCCCAGGAGACAGCCACAUUGAAACCGAGCAUCUCGACAUCUGUCCUAAGGAGAGCUUAUUCCAGCAUGACCGAAAUUCUGCUAGAACUUUCCAAGCCUGAAUUUCCCUACAUCGGGGCCAUAAAACAGGACGAAUCAGGUGGUUGGACCUAUUUCGAGGAGCUCGCUCAGCAGCAUUUCUACCAUCUCGAACACCAACGCAACGACGCAGUCUCAGACGAAGCGGACUGUCGGAAAAAAUACGUCGCUCGCUGUCUCUUCCGUAGACUCUCGCGUGACAUAUCAACCGAGCAUUGCAGAGGACCGUUCCGUCUCUACUGUGAUGACCUCUGCCCUGGCAAUGUCCUCGUUGAUGCGUCGAAGCUUGUUGUCGCUGGAGUGGUCGAUUGGGAGUUUACUUACGCGGCCCCGGUUGAGUUUACGUAUGCUGCACCUUGGUGGCUCUUGCUGGAGCGUCCGGAGGACUGGGAGCUUGACCUCAACCAAUUCCUGGAGCGCUAUAUGCCCAGACUUCGCACGUUUCUUGAAGUACUUCGGGAUUGCGAGGCAAGGAAGAUUCAAGACGGAUCAUUGUUGGAAUCUCAGCGACUAUCUCCCGCGAUGGAGAGCUCAUUGGAAAACGGGCUAUUUUGGAUGUGUCUUGCUUCAAGGCAUAGUGCCAUGUUUGACGAGAUAUAUUGGGAGUUUAUUGAUACAAGGUCUUUUGGUCAAUUCAGGACGCUUGAAGAUCGGAUAAGCCUCCUAAGUGCGGAAGAGCGUGCACAAAUGGAUGCCUUCAUCGAGAAGAAGAUGGACCAGGCAAGUGAGGGCAAGCUGCUUGUUCAUUACACCAUUGAUGAACUAGUUGAUCUAUAG